AUGCACAAGGCAACUGAAUCUGCUUAUGAUGAAGAUAAUAGUAAAGGUAAGGAUGUGCCAAGCAUGGAAGAAAACGACCCAUGGAAUCCUUCGUAUCCUCCUUGUGCUCCUGGUCCUGCUAAAGACUUGACUGACCAUAUCAAAUUAAUCAAGGAGCCAUUGAAUGAUGCCUUCGUCGAUAAAUUACCCCGCUUGGUGGCCAUCCUGGAGAAGGAUAGUGUCAGGCUUUUCCUCAACUUAUUCAAGGAUGACACACUGGGAUUGGCUUGGGGUUUCGUCAUAACCCCACAGACCUUCAAUCAGAUGAUUGUGCAAAAUGCCUUGCGAUGCGUGAAAGUUGCCUUGGAGGGCAAGGCUCCUGAGCUCAAUGGGCACCGCGCCAAUCCCAACUACAUGAAUUCAUGUGGGUACUUUCCCCUCCACCAAGCUGCUAAAAUGUUCUCUGCCGACAUGAUCAAAUUGAUCUUCCACUAUGGCGCAUCGGCCAAUUUGCGUACGUCUGGCCCUGAAGUCAUCGAGGGCCUACUCCCACUACAUGUUGCAGUUGAGAACGCUUGCCGGCAUAAGUUUCUUGAGGACAACCUAUUACCUGACAAAGAGAAUACCGACUAUGUCUACAUGCUCAUUCAACUGGUUUGCUUACCUGAAAUGGAUGGAAAGCUUGCCGAAACAACAGUUUUGCUCCUGGUAGCUCAAAAGAAGAUCCGCGCGGGAUCUUCUUUCAAGACAACUGGCAAUAGCAAGACAGAUGGGUUUAGUAUUAUCUCAAAUCUAUGUACAAAGGAUCUUGUUGCCAUAGAUUUGGAGAUUGCUCAAAACAGAGCUGUGAAGAAGCAGCUACUGAAGGCGGAGAAAAGGCUUAGGCGUAUGGCAUUGUUGCUUGUCAUUGUAAUUUCCGAAGCUGGUGAAGCUCUUGAUUCAUACAUUCGGGCGCAUCCAAGCUGCCCCUAUGAUCAACAAUCGUCCAGGUUGUCCGGUGAAGAGUUGCCCAACAAAUAUGAUGGGUAUGCUACAGCUGAGAAGGGUAUGACACAAAAACUUAACACUUGGUGA